AUGAAGUACACUCUCGCUACCAUUGCUGCCCUCGCCUCCGUGGCCCUGGCUAAGCCUGCUUUCCUCAACACCGAGUUCGAUCUCACUGAGGGCAAGCCUUACACCAUCCGCUACUCUGGCUGUGACGAUGGCUGCACCAUCAUCCUCCAGAACGGCCCCUCUGAUGAUCUCUCUGACUACAAGACCCUGACCACCUCUGCCACUGGUGACUCUUUCACUUUCACCCCCUCUGAGCUUCCUUCCGACACCUACAACUUCAAGAUCACCGACAAGGCUGGUGAGGUCAACUACAGCGCCCAGUUCCCCUACAAGGGAUCAUACGCUGCUCCCUCUGUCACCAAGUCUGCUACCGCUACCGCUGAGACCACUGCUGCCGUUUCCACCAAGGAGGCCACCACCCUCGCCAGCGUUACCAAGUCCGCUGAGGAGACCACCACUGUUGCUAAGCCCAUCAUUCCCACUCAUGCUCCUUCCAAGAACGCCACCACUCCCACUGCUGCUCACCCCACUCCCUCCAAGACUGGCAGUGCCGGCGGCGAGACCAGCGUCCCCAGUGUCCCUGAGAGCGGUGCUGCUCGCAUGACAUCCUCGCUGGCUCUUAUUGCCGGUGCCGUUAUGGCCAUGGUUUACCUCAACUAA